GGGAGAACAAAAAUAUCGUCCGGUUUACACCAGCUCUUCAAAAAGAUAUUGGGUAUAGGAAAAUUCUUAGUUUUUCCUGCCUUUAUAAUUACAGAACUAAGGUCAUUUCUUAAAAUAACCUAAUGUUCAAGGUUUCUGGUUCAGCCAUCAAACAAUGACUCGCAGUUGAAAUAUUUACUGAUUAGUCGUGUUUUCUACCCAUUGUAUUGCGCAUUUCUAUUUUCCAUCAUAAAGAUCAAUACACAGAAAGUUAACGGGUAUUUGGUCCUUGGGUAGUGUGUUCAGAGCUUCUGUACGUGAAUGGCUGUGACGCCUUUCUUCAGUUUGCGCAACUUAGUCCUGAACAAGUGCAACAAUUUUUUACUUCCUGGAUCAUCCCGAGAUAAAUGCUACAAGUUUCUGCUCGAUGGCUACUUUGUCGGAUUCAUUCACCCAAUGUUUUUGGAUUGGCUAUUGAAAUAUGCAAACGUUUUUGUGAAGACUUCUCAUCCGCAACACGGUGAUCAUUGUAUUACAGUGCACCAGGCCUUAAUAAAUGUGAACGACCGUAGCAAUGCAGUGGCAGAAGUAAUGCAAGACUUGCGAGCCACAAGUCCUUUCAAGGCUCUAAAAGGGUGGAGAAACGAGGACUAUGGCGUUUACAUUCAUAACCGUGAAAAAGUAUUAUUAAGAAUUGAACGUUCAGCAUCGAGUCUUCUGGGUAUUACACGAUAUGGUGUACAUGUAAAUGGUUUCUCCUUAAAUCGAUACAACUACUCUAAAAAGUCUGAUCGAAUUGUUAAUGGCAGCUCACAUAAUUCCAAUGAUUCUAAUUCACUCGCUCAAAUUGAUCCGGACAAUGUUUUUAUGUGGCUCGGUCUACGAUCAAUAAACAAACCUACAUCUCCUGGAAUGCUCGAUAAUAUGGCUGCUGGAGGUUUAACAUAUGGUCUCGAUGUAAUGGAAUGUGCUCGUAAAGAAUGUCAAGAGGAAGCAAGUGUACCGGAGCAUAUGCUUGGCAAACUAACCCUUGUAAAUCAAAUCAGGUUUCUGUUCAGCCUGAAGUGAUGUUAUGUGCUGAGAGGAGAGCAUGAAUGUGAUGAGCUGCUUAUGUUAGAAAAAUCUGAAGAAGAAACAAGAGAAAAAGUAGGUCGACGACUCUAUGGAAGCCCACAAGAGGAUGUACCUACUUUUAUUAAUGAAUGCAGUCGACAAAAGUUUGCAGUAAGGCAAGCGUGAGUUUUAAAAAAUCUGAUUAUUGAAGCUUAAAGCUAGUGGAGUAAGAUUUCGAUGUUUUAGCGGGUGAUCCUAAUAUAAAUUCGAGAUAAGUUCUUAUUGAAAAAUAAAUAAAUAAAAUACUAGAGGUCGCUAAAUAUUCGUUUAUCUUAGUUUAAGAUUUCUUGCUUGUACGUGUCUUCUAUAAUCUACCCUAUCCUCAUCAAUUCUCUAUAUGUAUACAUUUUACUAGUUAGGUAGGUAGAUAAUAUAUCACUGUAUUUUCACAUGUUAGUACAGUUAAUAAAAAAAUCAUAUAUCGACUUAUUGUUUCUACCUCUGUCAUGGUCAUCACUUAGUAUUGAUAGAUACUUUGUUCAAUAACUUAAUUCAUUAACUUUAAAUAUGAAACAUGUCAUACAAAUUAUAAGGAUACUGUCAGACUUAACUAUAAUUCAGACUCUUCACUUAAUACAUUUGAUGAGAUCAGCAACAUUUAUUUCAAACUAACACCAAUUCUAUCAAGAGGAUAUAAUUAUUUCAGGCAGUAAGUUAUAUACACCGAUAAAAUGAUAAUAUCUUUAAAGAAUUUUAAUGAUUGAUGCUUUCAAAAUUAAAGAUAGUCACACAUGCACGAUAAACGUGAUCCUGCAGCAAUAACCUUAAUCUGUCGUAAAGUAGUCGUUGAAUUACUUUAAUGGUAUCACAGAUAUGUCGAUUACGUCAUUAUCGCCUCAUUAUCAUAAUCCUUUCCAUUUAUUCGGGAUCAUUUAGUUGAUGACUUGAAACAGAUCUUUUGCUUUCAAACCCUCGUAUUACUUAAUCUUCUCUGUUAGCUCUACUACUAUUAUUGCUCAUUACUAUCAUUGUUAUUCUAAGUAUCUUAUUAGUUUUAAAGUAUAAAUCUACCCUGGUAUUCAAUUUUUAAGGUCAAAUAACAAACACAUUUGUAAAGUCAUGUGUAUAAUUUGUAAUAACUUAAAGUAAUCUCAGUUAAUUUAUUAACGUCUUAUUAAUAUAUUUAUGUAUUUGUUUUAAUUUGUAUUUCCCUUUUGAAGAUAACUUAAUUUUUUUUGUAUAUGUACCAUUGUAAUAUGUCAUUAUGAAUAAAGUGAACUAGUCAGCUGAUAAAUAGUGCAUAAUUUACCUGUUUCUUUUUAAAAAAUGUUUAUGGGUUUUUGCCGAUUUUCAAGUUACCUGGCCUAUGUGCGGGUGUGAGGGGGGGAGUUGCAUCUAUUUUAAUGUUAAUCUAACUGAUAAAAUUUAUCGGUCAUUGUUGUUAAGUAUAUAAAUAAUUAAUUUUGUUCACUAAUGUGC